UCGUGUGGGGAACAACCAGAAGUCUGUGGGCACUCACGCGGCUGACGCGCGUCAAUAGAACUGAGAUGUGCAGGAGGAAUGUCAAUAAAUUGGAUGGAUCUUCGUCACUUUCCCGAGUCAGCUUCAUGUGUGUGUCACCAGAGUGAAAAGUGAAAAUAUUCCUCUUGUCUCCCCAUUUCCUCAGGCCCGCCCCCCGCCCGCCGAGGCGCUCACAAGUGAAAUAGACACGGAUUUUGUGUGGCAUCUUGCCAGAGAAUUUAUUUGGAAAAUUCCUCAGCAUCCCCCCGAUUUUUUUGCCACCCACCCCAACCCGUCGGCGAAUAUUCAAUAGUGGAUGAAACUCAAGGAGGUGAAAAGUGAGUGGAAAUCCUGGGAAAAUCCCUCCUGUGAAAUCCCCAGAAGCUAACAGGGAAAAAAGGAGUGUGUUUUAUCCGCUCAGGGAAGUGGUGGUGGAUCCUAAGCACAAGUUGGGAAAGGAUGUAGUGUCGGAGGGAGAAAAAAAACACACGCUGAAUUUUACACAGUGUUUAAGUGUAAUUGAAUUAAUUCAGUGCUGAAAGUCUUGUGCCUCUGCGACAGGAGAGUAAAUCACAAGCAAAGAGUGUAAUCCCGUGUGUGAGUGAAGGUGUGGAUGGGGUUGAUACUGAGAAUAUGCUCCGCUUCACAGAAAAUAUGGAGACAACAACGAGCCGGACUCAAGGGUACAUUCUUGUGACGAUGCUACUCUGUGCCAUACACAAAACAGCAACGACAGACACAUUCGACACAGCGGAGGAGAAGGAUGUCAGUCUGCAUCAAAUUGAUAAUUUUUAUGAUUCAGUGAUGGAGGCUGCAACGGAAUUGAGUGUGCCACAUCAUGAUAGACAUGGACCAUAUUUUGAUGUUUCAGCAUCCAAAAAUGUUACAGCCCUCGUGGGAAAAACCGCCCAACUCAAUUGUCGUGUACACAAUUUGGGCAACAAAACGGUUUCCUGGAUUCGACAUCGAGAUAUACAUUUGCUCACAACAGGAAGAUUUACGUACACGUCAGACCUGAGAUUCCAGAGUGUUCACAACCCACAGACUGAAGACUGGACACUUCAGAUUAGGUAUCCGCAAAAGAGAGACUCGGGAGUGUACGAGUGCCAAGUUUCCACCACACCGCCCAUCGGUCACUCCAUGUAUCUGUCCAUUGUUGAACCCAUCACUACCAUAAUCGGGGGUCCGGAUUUGUACGUGAACAAGGGGUCGACGGUGAAUUUGACGUGCAUCGUUCGUCAUCUGCCAGAGCCACCGCCAGGCAUGCAAUGGACUCACAAUAAUGUCGAAAUUAAUUAUGAUUCACCACGUGGGGGUGUUUCAGUAAUCACGGAAAAGGGUGAAAUCACCACAUCCUAUCUUCUGAUACAGAGAGCCAAAAGCCCUGAUUCGGGAAAAUACACUUGUCUACCAUCGAACGCCAAUCCAUUCACAGUGACUGUUCAUGUCCUAAAUGGUGAAUAUCCAGCUGCAAUGCAACAAGGUGGCAAGCUGAAAGUCGCAGAUCCUUGCACUGUGCUCCUGCUGGCGCUGCUCGUCAUCAAUCUAGCAAGAUGAAUGGCAGUGUCUUGAGCUGAGCUGAGUGAGCCGACAACGGGAAUCAACAUAUUGUAAUUCAAUUUGUAACAUUGACAGCUGGGGAUCCCAGUGCAGCGCCACAAGGACUGCGCGAGGGAAAAGGAAGGGGAGGAAUGUGGAAAAUACGAGCGGGAGAGAGAGAGUGGGCAGAUAAAUAUUAGUGAGUUUGAGUAAAACAACAAGUCCAACUUCAUCAUCUUUCUGUUCUUUCCUAUUAUUUUCUCCCACAUCACGCGAUUCUUCAUGAGAAACAUAUCCGUGAAUUUUUUCUCCAUACCAAAAUAUGCAUAUUUAAAUGUGAUUUGAGAUUUUUUCCACAAACAAAUGAGAAAAAAUGUUGUGGGAGAAUGAAAGCUCUAUUUGCCAGAGACUCAACUUGACUGUUUGUGAAUGGUGAAAGUCCGUAGUGUAGUAAAUGAGAAGAGAAAAUAAUAUAGAAAAUGACUUAGACAAAUAGAAAUGAAAAUAAUAUAAAUAAACAAUUUUGAUCCCUCACUGUCGAGGAGAAGAAAAAAGGCAUUACGAGAGACCCAGCAAGGGAGAAAGAGCACCCAGACAAAGAGACAAACAGCAAUUUAAUUGUAAACCACAGCGUUUCAAUUUCAUGCUCUUUCCCAAUGGAUUUACCCAGGCGGAUUGGAAGUGAAAGAGGACAAAAUGUAAACUUAUUACAUUACAUUGUUUACCUGUGUGCAACUCUGUGGAACAAUUAAUUUUUCCACUCAAAUCACAAGCCAUUGAAAAGUUCCUUCUUCUCCAUUUCCUCAUUCUUCUUCUUCAUUUCACAUCCAAAAACCUGGUCUUCCCGCACCCCAAAAAAUUGAUUGUGAAGAAUAUUUUCUCUCGAGGAAAUGCUCCAAAAAAAAGAAAAUCAAAAUAAACAUUUUAUUGAAAUAACAUCUCAACUGAGAAAAAGACGCGCUUUUUAAUACUUCCUGGACUGUUUAAUGCUUGAUUCCCUGGACUUUGCGAACACUGAAGCGGCGCGUGACGACAUUUGUGUACCAAUUUCCACCUCCUGUUGAACGAGGGGGAAAAGU